AUGCUCUGGUUCUGCAGGAUUGGUGCCACAUCCGGUCUAUUGCAGUUCCUCCAUGACACCGGCUCAUCGAUAGUUGAGGCCGCACCACUUGAUGCGUUCACCCGCGCCACUCCGGUCGACGUUGCAGUUGCGAAUGUCCAACCUUCGGUGCUAGACUGGCUUCUGAAAAAGGGAGCAUCGUUUGAGAGCAAAGCAAGCGAUGGCUCAACGUGCCUUCAUGGCUCCGUGGAGAACCACGGAGGAAACCUUCUGAACAUUGAGAAUGAUAGUGGCUCCACUGUGCUUGAUAUCGCCUUGGACGCGGGCCUGAAUGUCGACACACUCACAAAGGCUGGAGCGAAGCGGAGCUCCGGGCUGAGAACUUAUCAACCAAAUCUUAUGAAAGCCAUUGAGGCUGACGAUGGACCGGCUCUUACAAAACUGUUGGACAACCUUCGCAAUGUCGAUAUAGAUCUUCGGUGUCCUGAUGGUACCAGCCUCCUCCAUUUCGCAGUGCUGAAUCAAAGCUUCUGUUGCGUUCAGAUACUGUUGAAGUACCACAAAGAAUUGGGAAAUGCCGACGUCAACUCUAGGAUCCCCGGCGGAUGGUCCGCCUUACAUCUUGCCGUGUGUCUGGAUAAUCUGGCCAUUACAACACUUCUUGUACAGAACGGUGCAGAUAUCAACGCAUCAAGCUAUGAGGGCAAUGGUUGGACCACUGUCAACAAAGAUCUUGCGUUUGGCACCAAAGGCUCAGUGUCCUUUAUGAGGUCCCCAUGCCCGAACGGGCUAAGAGGUGGCUGUUGGAAACCUCUUCAUAUCGCCUCUGUUGCUGGAAAUGAGCCGAUUGUUAGACUCCUCGUUGAAAAGGGUGCAAUGCCUCACUCGAAGGAUCUUGAAGGCUGCACGGCCAUCCAGCGUGCCAUCAUGAAUGGGCAUGCACAUCUUGUGCAGGUAAUGGUGCAGCAAAGUAAACAAACAGGGUCCUCUGCACCUCAGGCCAUUCAAAGCGGGGAGGCCACUGCCACCAGAAAAUCUGCCACUGGAUCUGCCACUGGAUCGAAUCCUGACAGUGUUUACCAGAAUUUGCUAGGAGAGAAAUGCUCGUCUGGAGAGGGCCGGACCGCUCUUCAUGAUGGUGUUCAGGCAGGAAAUGAGACAAUCGUAAAAUUUCUACUCCAGAAUGGGUGGAAUCCAAACUCUCGAGAACCUGGGUCGAUGUGGACCCCCCUCUCCUACGCCGUGGCUCAAGAAGACAGAGCUCUUACUAGGCUCCUGUUAAAACAUAGAGCAGAUCCCCGAUCCGUCCAUGCCGAUGGCAGCACAUCGCUUCAUAUUGCAGCUGAAGGGGAGAAGAUCCAGAUAUUACGGGAUAUUCUCUCCCUGUGUUCUGUCACUUUGAGAGAUAGCCAUGGAGCGACCCCUCUACACUACGCUGCUCGGAAGGGUUUCGCUGCAACGACGAAGCUGCUUCUCAAGAGCAAGUUACACGUCGACCUGUGUGACAUGGCCAACCAGACUGCUCUCUUUGUGGCCAUAGGUAAUGCUAACUUGCCUGUCGCCCAGCUGCUCCUGGAUUAUGGUGCGGUGACCAACAUUGAAGACAAUUCACGGAGGAACCUUUUACAUGCUGCAGCCUCUAGUGGAAGUCCAUCGGUACUGGAACUGGUGGCUUUGCGAGGGAAAUUCCAAAGCCUACCGCUUGAGGCGAUGGAUAUCCACGGGCGUACUCCCCUGCAAGUUGCAGCUGAGAAACACGAUGUGAAAAUGGUUCAGGUACUUCUUCAACUCCAUCGGCCACGGGACUUGUGGCGUCCAAUUCUCAGUGUCCUGUUCGCCGCGGCUGCUACUGGGAACGAUGCCGUCCUGCACACAAUCCUCGACUACAAUAUAAAAUUUAUAUCUGCCCUCGGCGGGGACCCCGAGACAGCUCAGAUCGCCAACAUCAAUGGCGUAAGCGUCGUUCCAAAGAAGUCGUGGACCCUUCUCCACGCCGCAGCUUGGAGUGGCCAAACCUCUACCGUCCGGUCUCUUCUCCAGAGAGGCGUGUCAUUACUGCAGCAACAUCUGACGAUAGCAGCACUACUUAUAUCCCAUGGAGGGGAUAUUUUCAAAGGAGGGUUUGGAAAUACGCCGUUGCAUUUAGCCGCGCUAGCAGGUCAUAAUGGCCUCGUGACCAUCCUGCUCUCGCAAGGCGCUUCCGUUGCUUGGGAAAACUGGGAAGGUGAGUUGGCUCUCCAUUGCGCAGUGCAUAGUGGCCACAGCUCCGUGGCCUCAACGCUGAUUGAGCAUGGAUCCAAUGCCAACCAGCUCAGCAAAAGGAACUUGCCGCCUCUUCACGAAGCAGUUCUGGCUGGAAAUCUCGAAAUGGUGAAAGGGCUUGUUACAGCAGGCAUCAAUACUGACCUCUUCGCACCGGAUGGGAUCACAGCUCUACAUGUCGCUUCCUCGGCAGGUAAAAUUGAGAUCAUUCGUCAUUUACUGAAUAAUGGGACUGGUCUAGAAUGGAGAACUACCGCUGGUGGCUUAUCCCCUCUCGACGUCGCUGCAAGUAACGGGCAACUCGAAGCAGUCAAAACUAUCAUGGACUCUCCACCUUACAAGUCUACUCAUCACUCUGACACGACGUAUGCAUGGAUCGCUGCUAGCAAGGCUGCCGCCUUCCAGCCCAAAAUCUGCAAAUACAUUUACGAAAGAACCAACUGCCAGCGAGAUCUUGGUGCCGGUAUAUUGCACUGGGCCAUCGCACAAGACAGCAGAUCUCUGGUGGCCUUCCUUGUCGACAUCAGGGUGGAUUUUAGGACCCCUAACUCGGAUGGAUGGAGUGCUCUACAUACCGCGGCAAUGAAGGGUAGGAUCUCUAUUGCCCGUGCUAUUCUCGACGAGGGGUUUGACGUCAAUUAUAAGACUCAUUUGUCGCGCACCGCCCUCCACCAGGCCGUCGCCGCUGAUCAAGCAGAAGCGGUGUCCUUCCUACUCUCCAAUGGUGCCGACAUUAAUAUUCGCGAUGAGAACUCACAACUGCCUAUCCACAUCGCUAUCGACUACGGUGCGUUAAAUGCACUUCGUGCACUACCACUCACAGCAGAUGACUUCAACAGGAAUGAUUUCAACGACAAAUCCUUGAUCAAGUUGGCUGUCGAUUCCGGAGAUGGUGCACUGCUCAGAACUUUACUGCAAAUAGAAAACAGCCUAGGCCCAGGCCACACAGGCUCCCUCUCACACGUAGUGGGGACACACGAUACACACCUUAUCCGACAGUUGCUUGAUCACGGGGCAGAACUGAAUACCAGGGAUCAAAAGGGCUUUUCGCCACUGCGUGAGGCGGUCGUGAAGCGUAAUCUAGAAGCAGCAGCUCUCCUGGUGGAAAGGGGCGCUGAUCUUGAAUCAAAAUGCAGCCUGGGAAUCACGCCCUCGCUUUUGCGGCCAAGUCCAAUGACUUGGAAAUGGCAAGGCUCCUUAUAA